UAUUCAACAAUCCUGCAGAACCAUCUGCAUUUUAAAUUCAAUUAUACAUGUUUUUUUGUGUGUGUAUUUAAUACAGCAUGUUAAUAUACUCCAUAUUUCCAUUUGUAUUGAUUCGUACGUUUUGACAGCAGACAGCUGAUGGCGCUGUGGAGCCAUCUUAGCUUUGUAGCAUAAGGGAAGGAAGAAGCGGCACUGCGCGUACCAACAGGAAGCGUGUACCGUAACAACGUGGUUUUAUUGAAAUUGCCAGUGUAUAUGUGCGCAUUUCUAAAGCUGUUGUGCGUAUCUAUUAAUGUCAGUUUAUCCAGUAUGGUGUUUUAGCUUACACGUCCUAGCUGCCAUCCUUUAAGAGAUACUCGACAACAUAUCCAGAGCUCAUUACUGGUUGACCUACCUCUGUUUUUACCCCAAAGUCGUAACGUUAUUUACAAUGAAGCACACGGACGAAAAGCAGCAGCAGCAUCCCUCCCUUUAUUUAGAAAUGUGUGUCCAAGGUGAGGAGCCGCGUCUUCCGCUGCACACCUCUAUUGCCCUGUUUCUCCUGUCGUACUGCGAGUGCAAGUCUUUCAAAGUUUUUCUGGUUUCCACCAAGCCUGCCAGCUCCCAGUCACCGAAGAGCCGGCUACCAGAGUCCCUGGAUGUGUCUGAGACUCAGGUGGAGGCUCUGCCUCAGUUGGUGAAGGGCUGCCGUCUCCCCGCGGUUUUGGAUGAGUCCCGGCGGCUCUGCAGGGCUGGACUGGCGGUGGUCCUGAGACAUAUCAUCAACAAGACCUUAGAGGCCGACCCUUCUAGGAGUGAUGUGCUGGCACUGCUGGGCUUCAAGAAGACCUGUCUGAAGGCCUGCGCUGAGGUGAGCAAGUGGACCAGACUGUGUGAAAUUGGCAUCCCCUCUGCUGUAGAAGAACACCUCCAAAAUCCUACAAAUCAAUAUCAGCAGCUGCCUCUCUCCAUCCUCACCCUAGAGCAAAGGCUUGCGGAGCCUGUCAAAGUCCACAAUGAUGACAAAAUACGGAGGAAGAAACUCCAAGAGCAGAAACAGAAUGAAAAGGAUGAGUCCCCUGAAGCCCAAGGGGAUGUGGACGCCGAGUCCAAACCUGGACCUCAGGUCCGUGAUGGACUUGAACUCCGGGCUGCUUUGGCCAAGCUGUCUGUGGAUUCAGUUCCAGCUUUGACCACUAGAGAGAACUCUGAGAUCAGGAAAGUGAAGACCACAGAUCUCCCUCCCCUGGAGCAUGUGUUUGCUGAGGGACUGUACUUCACUCUGACUGAUGUGGUGCUGCUGCCAUGCAUCUAUCAGUACCUGUUUUCCCUCCAAGCCCACGCCGCGAGCACUCUACAUCGGCUCCCCCACCUGCUGCGUUGGUACAGCCAUGUACAAGAGGUACCUGGGGUCCUUCGGGCAGCAAAGGCUUGUGGGAUGGCUCUCUCCAUCCCCCAAGUUCCCUCAUCCCGACUCCCAGGGACGUCAGCAGAAGACAACCCGACUAGCUUACUGGAGCAAGAGGAAGACCAGGAGAUGACCACACAGCUGCCUUUUGUCGGUGGCCCCAGGCCCACAAUGACUAAACUUAAAGAAAAUGGCAUCGAGGCAGUCUUCGAUCCUCAUCCUUGCCCUGCCUGGACCCUCCCAUGGGACAGUUUACCAGGAGCUAUCAACCCCACUGAAGGGAAAAUGUCAAAUAUCCGUGCAGUCAGGAAGAGGCAACAGCUGAAUAACUUGGUUGCCAUGGUUACAGAGCUAGCCAGGCCAGGUUACACCAUUGUGGAUUUCUGCAGUGGAACGGGCCAUGUAGGGAUUGUGUUGGCUCACACUCUUCCCGAUUGCCAGGUCAUCCUCAUAGAGAACAAAGAAGAGUCCUUGGUGAGGGCCCAGUGUCGCAGUGCAGAGAUCGGUCUGAAAAACAUCGGCUUCAUUCAGGCCAAUUUGGAUUACUUCACAGGACCUUUUCAUAUUGGGGUGGCGCUCCAUGCAUGUGGCGUUGCAACAGACAUGGUGAUGGAGCAUUGCCUCAAGUCAGGAGCUGCCUUUGUCAUCAGUCCCUGUUGCUACGGCUUCAUCCAGAACGCAGUCAAGUUCACCUUCCCCAAGAGCAAAAGGUUCCAAGAAACCCUGACUUAUAAGGAACACAUGAUCCUCUGCCGCUUUGCAGACCAAACGGCUGUCCAGCUCCCUCCUGAGAGGCGACUUAUAGGUAAAAAGUGUAUGGGCCUGGUAGACUUGGACCGGUCGUGGGCGGCAGAGACUCAUGGGUACUCGGUGCGGGUGAUGACCAUGGAGCCUGAAAGCUGUUCACCAAAGAACAACAUGCUGGUGGGAAGGCCGCCGCAGAAGAGUGGACUGGAAGUCAGUGCUGGCCAACUGGAAGCACCAGUGUGUAAUUAGGACUGCAAGCGCCCGUGUACACCAGAGCAACCUCAGCAUGGUCAGGGUUUGUUACAGUACCCAGUUUCUGUGGCUCCUGGCUGUGUCGUGACGGGGCUGAGAAUACAACUAUUUUAUAUCCACUCACAACAUUUUCUUGUUAUUAAUUUUUUACAAACACUUUUGUAAGAAAUGGCCUUGGAAAAUAAAGAGAGAUGUUUGCUUAUUAUUUCUGUAUUAGCAAAAAUCCUCUUCUAAAAUUUCGUUCAGCCUUACGGUGAAAGCAACAGUUUGAUGAUUUUUGACUUAAUAAACACGGGGGAGAAUGCUCUCUGAAAACUUCCCACUCUUCUAAAUUAAGCGUGCUCAAUUAUUGGCUACUUAGUUGUAGUAAAAGAUAAAAAAGCUCAAGCCUCUCACCAACUGCUACAUUAUGUGUGUGAUUUUGCCUAAACUGUGUGAUAAAACUGUCAGCGUAAACAGUAGCAGCAAGGAAUUACAGACCCACAUUGUGAAAUAAGUACACCGUACAUCCACAUGCUGUUUCUGCAAAUAGUCUGUAGACGGCCUUCUGUGAUGGAACUCCACUGUCAGCUCCCUUUGUUGCCAGGUAUUGAUGUAAGAAAGACAAAUUUAGUGCUGCAAAACUCAUCUACACUUAAAGAUGAGAUGGGGAAUUAUAAUUAUCUACCUUUCCCCUGUGUGUGUUUUGGGGGGGGGGGUACAGAAAGAGAGAAACUGGGUUUAAACUCAUAUCACAUGAGGUAAAAUAUAGCGUUUGUCAAGGAUCUACAGAGAAACUGAUUAUUCCUCAUAAAGAAUGGAUGUGAAUAUGGUAUGCAAGCCGUAAUACGUUCAGCACCGAUGAAUAUUUUAUGAUGCUGGCGAAAAGGUCAGUGUGCUUGAUUAGCUGGCGAUGUUCAGAGCCUAGUAGCUAAAAAUCACACAAUUCGCUCCGUUUUUUUUCCAAUCCUGUACACUCACUACAGCCUGUUAAGCUUUCCUUCUCGCAGGUGAAACUGGCCAUCUGUCUAUCUGAAAAAUCCUGUGAUGCCAUCUUUGACAGUGUUUAGCAGCUGCUUGAGAAAUCUGAGGAGGAGAGCCAGUUUUCCUGCUCACGCUGAAGGGUUAGACGAAGGAUGUGCAGGCUUUUCCAGCGUCGAGCUCAUCUGAAUUCAGUCAGCAGAGUCAAUCUAUCCUGAGGUGAAUGGCCACAGCACAGCUCCUUCCAAGAACUGGAAUUAUUUCAAAAGGAGACAUCUGACUCUCCCCAUUCAAGCUUGUGGCUCUGCACAAGUGCACAUUACAGAAACGCAUAUGGGCAUGAAGGAGGGGAGAGAGAGAGUAGGUGGCACUACUUAAAGCUUGGAUGAGAGAGGUGAAUAUUGAGGUGUCAAGUGAGUCGAUUCAAGCCAAACACCCGAGGCUAGAAGGUUGAGAGUGAGUGAGAUAUCUGAGCUUUUUUCUAUGUAAAUGCACAGCGUUUCUUAACUAUUGAUCACCUUUGUGAAGCCAUUCUGUGUAAUUAACGGAUUGGCCUCAAAAGUUAAAAGUUAAUAAAGUUAACAAUGUGAUCUGAACCUGAAACAAAUGAUUUUUGAACGUUUCUGGAGCAAAAGGAACCUGUGACUGAAUAAAAACUAACUACUAACUAGAUUUUCUUCUAAUCAGUGAGCAGUUUUUAUGUAAAUGCCUAUAAUCAGUGUCAAAAUAAUCGUGGCUUGAUACUUUGCUCAAGAAUAUUUUCUCAGAAUUCGCUCAGAAUAUCUCUUGUCACCAUUUCUGGAGGUUUUGAAAAGCAGCUCUGAACUCAACAGUCUGUUGCGGCAGAAAACCUCCACCAGGAAAUAACGAAUCUUUCAUUGUUUCAUUAACUUCAGUCAUUACUUGUGAUUAAAAUUCUGCUCGUCUUGGUGUUUUGGCCAUCAGUUUUCCAUUUCAUUACACCGGCAGUGUUUACGACCGUUUGUCUGCAGCAGCUCAUUGCUGUAUAUUUGGGGGUCCCUCCCUGCCGAUAUGAAUUUUCCCUUUUGACAAUCAGUGGUCACUCAUCAUGUGUUCUGGGUCACUAAAACAAGCACCGAUGUAACGUACAAGCCGAGAUGAAAUGGAUACAAGGGGGCUCUGUACUGCCCUUUCCAUGAUCUCAAAUAUCAUACUUGCUCUUUCAUAAUAAUCAUUUAACACGCAUUAUCACCAAUAAAAAUGCGUUUCAUGCGACUUCAAUAUUUCUUCCAAAUAAACAAUUUUGAGCAUAAUUAUAGGAGUCCAGAAUAACAAUAGUUAUUAUGCACACAUUCUCUCUCUGGUUGUUUACGGCAGGUUCCAGCUGCUAGUGUUUUGUGCACCCUAAUAAUGUUUAUCUGUUUACCGAUGCUCCUCAUCCUACUUAUCACAUCAGAUGUCACCUUUAUAUAUACCCGGUUUAGGAUUUCCCUGCUUAUGUUCUAUUUUAUGCGUUUAUUUUCUUAUUUUUUCUUCUGUA